AUGUUCGGAGGCGGGGGCGCGGAGGUGGCGGCCGCGGGCGCGUUCAAGCUCGCCCUGCGCGCCCUCUCGCAGCACAGGCGCCACGCCUCCGUGCAGCUCGGCGGCCUGGAGUUGCUGCGGUGCCUGGCCCUGCAGGACUCCGCGCCCCUCCCCGAGCUUGGGCGCGCGGCGCAGGCAGCCAAGGCGGCGCUGCCGGCGGAUGGCGCGGUCCACCGCGCCGCGGACGCGGUGCUGGCGCUGGCGGUGCAGCGCGCCGCGGCGGACGUCGGGGUGCUGCUGGACACCACGCAGGCGAGCGAGCCCUCCCAACGCAGCGGCCUCUGCACCUACGGCCAGCUCGCCGCUCUCGGAGGCGUGGCCUGGCGCGGGGCCGCCGCCGGGGCGACCGGCCGGGUGCUGCGCGCCAUGCGCAACUUCAAGGCCAACGCGGACCUGCAGGCCGUGGGCCUGUGGGCCCUGGCGCGCCUCGUCGAGCGCGCGGGCGCGCCCGCGGCCGGCAUGGCGGAGGCGGCGGAGUGCGCCAAGGCUCGGCACCUCCGGUCGGCAUCGGUGCAGCGGCAGGCCGAGGUGCUGCUCGCCAGGCUCGUGCAGCGCUGA